AUAUCGCAUAUUGCCCUGCUCUGGUUGUUGUCGAAAUUGAAAAGAAAUUCUUAAAAAUACAAUUUCUUGAUAAUAUUCUAUACUGCGCGCAAGUUCCUAAUGAAAUUGGAGAUAAUCAACAGUUAUGAGCGACCUAGAAAGUGACGAGAGUUUGGACGAUGGGCCAUUUCCGGAUACGGACGAAUACGUGGAUACCGAGGAGGAAAGUCAGGAGUCUCUUCAGCCCGUUGUGCGACGCCAGAACUGGCAAAGAAUUGUCACACAGAAUACCGAACCUUCUCCAGGAAUGGCGAUGUUUCACGGGCUGGACGUGGAACUGGAACAACUCCAAGCGCUUAUUCCCCCAGAACUAGCAGCAUUGGCAGCAGAAGUACCACCGAUGGAGCGCGGGGCCGAAGCUCAGCAAGAGGCUGCGUCAGAUGAUGCUGCAAACGAUGUGGAGACUCUUGAGGCAGAACUGCAAGCCCUGGAGGAGAAUGAGGAGCCACAGCCACAACCUGCCAGUCCGCCGACCAACUCGCGAAGAGCCCAAGGACAGGACAAUAUCAUAAGUCUAGACACACCAUCGCCGCCAAAGAAACGCAAGCGUCUAUCCGCUGCAAACACAAGCCUGAAGAAGUCGCCCGAGUCGACAAAAGCCCCAGCGCCACCACAAGAGGACGAAGACGAUGGUCUUACGUGUCCCAUCUGCCUGGACUCGUGGGAGAUGAGCGGAGAGCAUCGACUGGUCUCUUUGCGCUGUGGCCAUCUGUUUGGAGAGGCCUGCAUACGCCGCUGGCUGGCCGAAAGCCAAAGACAGUCGUCCGUGAAGGUGUGCCCCCAGUGCAAGACGAAGGCCACCUACAAGGACAUCCGCCACCUGUAUGCCAAGCGCAUUCUAGUGGUGGACACCGAGAUCAGGGAUCAGCUGGAGGGGGAGCGCCGACGGAAUCACAUCCUGACGACCGAGCUGUCGGCCAUAAAACUGGCCCACUACGUGACCGCCGAUAAGCUGCUGCAAAUGACAAAGAAAUACGAGCAGCUGGUCGCCAUGACCGAAGGAACUGGGGGCCGUGGAGCCUACUCCCUUCUGUCGGGUGCCACGAAGAAGAGGCCCAUCCAGCAGCUGCCCAUGCAUCGCCUGUACAUGGAGAAGAACUUUGAGAUCACCCGCGACCCCGGCUGCCGCGUGAUGCACUUCUCCGGCAAGCACUCGCUGCUGAUGGCCAGCCAGAAGAGUGGACAGAGCCUGUUCCCCGGCUACGGAGUGCGCUUCAUCGACCCCUUGACCUUCCAGCCGUUGCAGUUCCUCUACACCACGGCCAUGAUGGUGCGGAAUAUCGCAUUCAGUGACUCGAAGCAUCUGCUGGCUGUCUCCAGUCGCGAGUCCAAGAUCAAGCUCUUCGAUGUACGCACCAAGCUGCAGUCGUGCAUGGUCACGGCGAUGGAUAAGACGCUCUGGGCCUGCGGCGUGGAUCGCAACGAACGGGAGAACUUUCUCUAUGGUGGGGAUCUCCGUGGCGGGGUCUACAUCUAUGAUCUGCGCUUUCCCGAUAACAUUCUCGGCCAAUUCCAGGCCGAUGAGAACUUUAGUCCUGUGAUACACAUCGAGGCUGUGCCCCCGAAUAAAACCUUCCCGAAUGGGGGAUUCCUCGUCUGCCAGCUGUCUGCAUUGACCUUCUACGAGUAUUGCACACCCGGCGAGGUGGCCGUGCCCACGCGGCUCACUGUCGACGGCCCCUUCCUCUCCAUGCAGUAUGAUCAUGUGCAGGACACUCUGCUCAUUUCGGCUCGCUGCAAUCCGAGUUCCCCCAACUCUCGCUUCGUUCUCGGCCAACUGGACAAGAUCGAUGACAUGCCUGUGCUGCGUGUGAGGGUCACCAUCUAUGGUCCACCUGCCACGCCCAUUAUGACACGACCCACACAGCUGGGCGUCGAGGAUAACACCCUGAUCGUUGGCUAUCUGCAGGAGAACAAACAGCUGAUGCUGCACGAUGUGCGACGGGAGGAGCGUGUGCAAACGAUGCCCGUGAACGAGGUGAUUUAUGACUUUUGUCCAGUGAGCAACAACAAUGGCUCCUAUCUGGCAGCCCUCACCGACAACAAGUGUCGCGUGUACAAGCUCAAUAGCACGGGUGGAUAGAGAUGGAGGAUGGAUCGGAGGAGCAUUUUCUGUGAAAAUGUCUGCCUCAAUUAAAUGUUUUAAGUUAUAGUUCUUAAUUCUUUCGUUUAUUAAAACAUUUAUCAGAACAUAAAUCUAGAUGUAAUUCCAUGUAUUUUCACGCAUUUACUUUUUACUCAUUCUUUUGAUUCUGGAUUUCAAUUGGUUUUUUUUUGUUUUGUUGUUGUAUGUGUGGAUUGCAUUAUAUUGUAGAUGUGUGUCUGUGUG